AUGAACACCAUAAAACCAGUCAGCCCUGAAGAAACUGUUAAAGAGGGCACAAACAUCAACCUGACCUGUACUUAUGAUGGUGCUAUCAACAAUAUCCAAUGGUACCGACAAUACCAGAGAUCCAGACCAGAGUUCCUGCUCUACAUCACAGAGUAUGGAUUAAUUCAUCCAACUGACUCUGAUUUCCCAGCUUACAUUGAUAAAGACAAAAAAAGUGUAGAUCUACAGAUCUCCUCUGCUGCAGUGACUGACUCUGCUGUGUACUACUGUGCUCUGCAGCCCACAGUGACAGGAAACACCAAAACUCUCUACAAAAACCAUUGA